AAAAGUGAAGAAAAAAGAGUGGGAGACCGUCAAGUUACGUGACGUUAGGUGCUUACGUAUUAUCCAGUAUAAUAGCGGUAAGCCGUGCGAGCGUCACUUUACCCCCUCUCUUUCCCACGAGUGUACUCAGCCAGCAAUUACUCACUGACUUAGGGCUUCCACAGUUUUUUCUUGAGCCAACUUGGCUCGCCGUCGUCGGCUGUUGGCUCGCUGAGUUAACGACCGAGAAGCACUCGAAAUCCAAGUCCCAUUUUUUCCACUCGGACAGACUACGGAGGUUAGCAGUAAACUUACAAUACAUAACAUUGAAAAGUGUAGUGCGCUCUCCAUUCACUUACUAACAUGCUUAUAAACAUUUUUCCCGGUGCUUUUCUCGACAUUUUUAUUUGAUACAUAUCAUUUGACGUCGUUUAUCGCCCAGUGGUACGCGUCACGAAGUUAGAAGAGGAAAACGGCCCGAGAGUUUUCUCUCGUGUACGGAAGACCCUUCGGGAGAGAUAAUUAAUAUGGGGCGCUUUGCAGGAAAAAAAUGUCGUCUUUUAACAAUGUUGUGGUUGACAGCAUUUUUCUUCUUAGUGGAAAUAAUCGUUGGAUAUGUUACAAAUUCUAUGGCUUUAAUAGCAGACAGUUUUCAUAUGUUGUCUGAUGUAGCUGCGUUAGUAGUAGCAUUUCUUUCCGUAAAAAUGUCUCCAAAGAAAUGGUCAAAAAAUACGUUUGGUUGGGCCAGAGCCGAAGUAUUGGGAGCUUUAGUCAAUGCAGUUUUCCUAGUUGCGCUGUGCUUUAGUAUUACCGUUGAAGCCUGCAAAAGGUUCAUCGAAGUUGAAAAAAUUCACGAGGCCAAAUUUCUCGUCGUAGUCGGUGCAUUGGGUCUUUUAGUUAAUCUGAUAGGAUUAUGCUUAUUCCAUGAACACGGCCACGGUCACGGGCAUUCGCACGGGAUAUCUCGCAGCCAUAAUCGGCUAAGCACACUCGUCGGCACCGAUGACAACGAGAACGACGAGACUUACAGGCCGCCAUCGCCGAUGAAGCGUCCCGGUGGCCAUUCCCACGGCCACAGCCACGGCGACGCCAGCCAGAUGAAUAUGCGCGGCGUCUUCCUCCACGUGCUCUCGGACGCCCUCGGCUCCGUCAUUGUCAUCGUGUCCGCGCUCAUCGUCUGGCUCACCAACUGGGACUACAAAUACUACAUUGACCCCGCAUUGUCUUUGCUGCUUGUAAUGCUUAUAUUGAAGUCGGUCUGGCCUCUGCUCCGAGAGUCGGCCUUGAUUUUAUUACAAACGGUCCCUACGCACAUCAAGGUCGAUGCGAUUCAGCAGAGGUUACUAGAAAAUGUCGAUGGUGUGCUAGCUGUUCACGAAUUUCAUGUUUGGCAAUUAGCAGGUGAUCGGAUUAUAGCCUCGGCACACAUACGCUGUCGUAAUUUAUCCGAAUACAUGAAAAUUGCUGAGCAAGUUAAAGAAUUCUUCCAUAACGAAGGCAUCCACUCCACGACCAUUCAGCCGGAAUUCAUAGAUUAUCAAUCUAACAGUGAAAUUAAAGAAACUCCUACCGAAGACUGUGUACUUGACUGUCCAAAAACCGACAAACCUUGUAAUCAAGCUACGUGUUGUGGCCCCUCUAAACAGGGUCGAGAAACACCAUCACCGGGCGAGACGCCGUAUUUGUGUCGACAGCGUAACAGCCUUGCGCGAUCGACAAACUCGAUUACUGGCGGCGCGGUCGAGCACCAGGAGUUGAAUGAGAUGGAACGUGGCCAUCUGCUGUCACCACCCUCGCUGCCCAAUGCCGUACAGCUGCCCCAUUCCCAUCUCAUCUCGCCGACGACUUAACACGCCGCUAACCACGUGUACGUUGUUGAUAUGUGUGAGUGUUGAUGUACCGCGCGGAAAAGGGAGUCGGACAACUGGUAUCUGACUUUCUUUUUUUCUGUCUUUCCUUGGACGUUCAUUCUAUACCCUUACUUUUUUUCGGUUAUUUGGCGAGAGAGAGAGAGAGAGAGAGAGAGAGAGAGAGAGAGACGGAUAGACAGACAGACAGAGUAGUUGUAGCCUGGUUGGCAGAUCUUUGAAUUGGGCAUGUCGAAGAAUUCUAGGCUUAAUGUUACUUGAGUUUCGAUUCAGAAUUACGACUUAAUUCGGAUUUAAGUAACUUGAGUUACGCGAGUCUUCGUUGGGAAAUUUUAUUUAAAUCGAAGUUUUAUUCCUGCAUUAUAGAUUCUUCUUUCAUGCACAUACGCUAUGAGUUCUCGCAAGUUUGCAGCAUUCGUAAGUUACAUAUUAAUUCUUUCUGUUAGACUUUAUUCAACUCAGACUUAUUAAUAUCAACUGAGAGUUGGAAACAAAUUUUAUGCAAAAUCACCUGCUCAAAUUUAAAUUAAUUUACUUAAGCUGGAUGGAAAUUCUCUUGACUUUAAUUUCUAUAACCAUUUGAGCAAAUUUAACAUAAAUUUAUGUAAUUUUAACGUACCAUUUGCUUUCACGACCUUAUUUAUUCUUUAUACUUAUAUAGAAUUGAAACUCUGACAUGAUAUUUUUGAAAAUAAUUCUUAUAUCUUUGUGUUUGUAAAAGUAUAGAUAGACGUCAAAACUUGACUUUAGAUAGUUAAUUUUUAUUUAUUUUAAAAUGUUUUUUGAACUUUCUAAUACAUGAACUACAUUGAAUCUGUCGAGGGAUGUGCAAUAAACUUCUCUUUUUAUAAAAAUUGCUAAUAUUUAAAUGAAAUCUGAAUAUCAUUGCACUUUGUAUGAUCGUGAUUUAUCAUUGU